UAAGUCCCAAAAACUAUAAUUUAUUACUUUCUCGGAUGGAAGCUUCACUGGAGAAAGAGAAACAUUUGCUAAAGAAGUUGACAAAGUUCAUUUUUUUUUUCUUAUAUAUAUUUCUAAUUCUAUAAAGUCUAAUAGCCUUAUCCAUUAGAAACCUAAACUCUUUGCCUAUCUGAUAAAUCACUCUUAAUCGUUAUAACCCACAAACAACUGUCUAUGAUCUCUUUGUUCAACUGAGUUACUGUUUCUUACUUCACUUAAAGCUCCAAAAUGGAGAUCAAAGUGUUGUUCUUUGUGUUUCUUUAUCUGGGCAUUGCAAUUUCUUGGGUAGACUCGAAGUACAUCGUUUAUAACACUUCACAAGGCAUAGUUCCAGAUAAGCUCAAUGUUCACUUGGUUGCUCACACUCACGAUGAUGUUGGUUGGUUAAAGACUGUUGAUCAGUACUAUGUUGGCUCUAACAAUUCAAUCCAAGGUGCUUGCGUGCAAAAUGUACUGGAUUCUCUUAUUCCUGCACUAUUGGCUGACAAGAACCGCAAGUUCAUUUAUGUCGAACAGGCAUUUUUCCAACGAUGGUGGAGAAAUCAGAGAGAGACUCUCCAGCAAGUUGUCAAGAAACUUGUGAGCUCGGGUCAGCUGGAAUUCAUAAAUGGAGGCAUGUGCAUGCAUGAUGAGGCAGUGGUGCAUUACAUAGACAUGAUUGACCAGACAACACUAGGGCAUCGAUUUAUCAAAAAUGAAUUUGGUGUGAUUCCAAGAAUUGGUUGGCAAAUAGACCCUUUUGGACAUUCUGCAGUGCAGGCUUACUUAUUGGGAGCUGAAGUCGGAUUUGACUCUCUUUACUUUGGGCGGAUAGAUUACCAAGAUAGGGCUAAGCGUAAAAUUCAGAAGAGUCUUGAAGUUGUUUGGCAAGGUUCUAAGAGUCUUGGUUCAUCUGCACAGAUUUUUGCUGGUGCAUUCCCCCAGAACUAUGAGCCUCCACCUGGUGGUUUCUACUUUGAAGUCAAUGACCCGAGUCCUGUUGUUCAAGAUGAUAUCAAUUUGUUUGAUUACAAUGUCCAAGAACGAGUCGAUGACUUUGUUGCUGCUGCAUUAUCACAGGCUAACAUAACCCGAACAAAUCAUAUAAUGUGGACCAUGGGAACAGACUUUAAGUUCCAGUAUGCGGAGACAUGGUUCCGACAGAUGGAUAAGCUGAUCCAUUAUGUUAACAUGGAUGGGCGUGUCAAUGCUCUCUAUUCUACCCCGUCCAUAUAUACUGAUGCAAAGCAUGCUACAAAUGAGUCCUGGCCAGCAAAGACUGGGGACUUUUUCCCUUAUGCAGAUCGGGCAAAUGCUUACUGGACAGGAUACUUUACAAGUAGACCAGCCCUGAAACGCUAUGUCAGAAUGAUGAGCGGCUACUACUUGGCUGCAAGGCAACUAGAAUUUUUUAAAGGGAGAAGUAAUGCAGGACCAAACACAGACUCAUUGGCAGAUGCUAUGGCAAUUGCUCAGCAUCAUGAUGCAGUUACUGGUACAGAGAAGCAACAUGUGGCUAAUGAUUAUGCUAAACGACUGUCAAUAGGCUACACAGAGGCUGAAAAAGUUGUUGCAUCUUCACUUGCUUGCUUAGCUGAAUUGACGUCACAGAAUGGAUGUCAGAGUCCAGCUACAAAAUUUCAACAGUGCCCACUUCUAAAUAUAAGCUACUGUCCUGCAUCAGAAAUUAACGAAUCUCCUGGGAAAAAAUUGAUUGUUGUGGUCUACAAUUCUUUAGGAUGGCCAAGAAAUGAUGUUAUUCGAAUUCCGGUUAUGACUGACAAAGUUACUGUGCUUGAUUCUGCGGGAAAAGAAAUUGAAUCACAACUUCUCCCUCUAGCAGAUGCUUUUGUAUAUCUAAGGAACUUCUAUGUUCACGCAUACUUGGGUAGACCACCAAUGGGUACACCUAAAUAUCAGCUUGCAUUUGCAGUAUCUGUUCCACCUUUUGGUUUCAGCACUUACACCAUUACAGGUGCCAAAACCACAGAUGCAUCUUCAAUCAAAUCAGCCAUACACACAUUUCAAAGAAAUGAACAAUCUACUGUAGAAGUUGGUCAGGGAAAUUUGAAGCUUACUUUUUCUGCAGAUGAAAGCAAACAAACUAGUUAUAUUAAUAGCAGAAGCUCAGUUGAAGAAUCAGUUGAACAGUCGUUCAGUUAUUAUACCGCAUAUAAUGGAACCGGAAAUGAUAAAGAUCCUCAGAAUGCAGGAGCAUAUAUCUUCCGUCCAAAUGGGACAUUUCCCAUAAAGCCUGAAAGACAGCUUCCUUUGACUGUUAUGCAUGGACCUAUAAUUGAUGAAGUGCAUCAACAGAUUAAUCAAUGGAUUUAUCAGGUCACCAGAUUAUACAAGGGGAGAGAGCAUGUUGAAGUCGAAUUUAUUGUUGGGCCUAUACCCAUCGAUGAUGGAACUGGCAAAGAAGUUGCAACACAAAUUACAACUACUUUGGAUACCAAAAAAACAUUCUAUGUGGAUUCUAGUGGACGUGAUUUUAUCAAAAAAAUUCGUGAUUAUAGAACAGACUGGGACCUGGAAGUAAACCAACCUGCUGCUGGAAAUUAUUACCCUAUUAAUCUUGGAAUUUAUACUCAAGAUGAUAAGAAAGAAUUUUCAGUUUUGGUGGAUCGACCUCUAGGAGGAUCUAGCUUAGUGGAUGGACAAAUAGAGCUGAUGCUCCAUCGGAGAUUGCUACUUGACGAUUCUAGGGGUGUUGCAGAAGCCCUAAAUGAAACAGUUUGUGUUCUGGACAAAUGUGCAGGAUUGACGAUCCAAGGAAAAUAUUAUUUUAGAAUUGAUCCUGUAGGAGAAGGUGCCAAGUGGCGGCGUUCUUUUGGGCAGGAGAUAUAUUCACCCCUCUUGCUGGCCUUUGCUGAAGAGGAUGAAGAUAACUGGAUGAAGUCUCAUAUAACCACUUUCUCAGGCAUUGACCCCUCCUACAGGUUACCUGAUAAUGUUGCAGUUAUAACUCUACAGGAGCUUGAUGAUGGAAAAGUUCUCCUGCGGUUAGCACAUUUAUACGAGAUUGGGGAAGACAAGGAUCUUUCAGUAAUGACGAGUGUAGAACUGAAGAAGUUGUUCCCUGGCAAGAAGAUUGGCAAAGUGGUGGAAACAAGCUUAUCCGCCAAUCAAGAAAGGAAAGAAAUGGAAAAGAAGAGACUUGUCUGGAAAGUAGAGGGCUCGGCGAAACAAGAAACAGUGGCAAGGGGCGGGCCUGUAGAUCCUGCAAAACUAGUGGUACAACUUGCACCCAUGGAAAUUCGCACCUUUGCCAUUGAUUUUGGUCAUACAUCCCACCAUGUAUUUGAUGUCUAAAUAAUGGUACCACUGGUAGAAUGCUCCAAAAGAUAUUCUUGGUAACUAUGUUCUGGAGCUCUUCUUUGUUGCAAGAAUGUAUCAUGGGUCAGGUGUGGGUGUAAAAAUAGUAAUCACUUCCUAUGUUCCAUCUUUAUAACUAUUGAGAAAUAAAGUUUAGAAUAGUUGUGUUUGAAA